AUGGAGCGCCUUCCGAGAAUAAACAGUGAUAAGGAACAUCUCAGUGACCACUACUGGGUCUUGAAAACCAUUGGCGAAGGGGGUUUUUCCAGUGUGAAAUUGUGUUGGCACAAACUAACACAAACGCAGGUUGCUGUCAAAAUAGUGGCAAAAAAUGAUCCAAACUCAUCCUACAUCUCUAAUGAAGCCAAAAUAAUGAGAAGAUUGUGUCAUCCAAACAUCAUCCGGCUGUACCACAUCUUGGAAGACUCCAGAAAUAUUUACUACAUCCUGGAACAUGCGAUAAAUGGCAGCCUGCGAGAUUACAUCAAGGCCAAGGGUUACUUAAAGGAAGAGAAGGCGCGACAAUUUUUUUACGAAAUCAUCUGUGCCGUGCAGUAUCUCCAUGCGAGGAAUAUCAGCCACCGGGACCUCAAGCCUGGUAAUAUCCUCGUGGACGGCACAGAAACCCUGAAGGUUUGUGACUUCGGGCUCAGUGCCCAGUUUAAACCAGGGCAGAAACUUACAAGUUGCUGUGGCACGAUCCCCUUCACGGCCCCAGAGAUGUUCUACAGAGAAGGCUACGAUGGUAAGGCAGUAGAUAUGUGGAGCCUAGGGAUAGUAUUAUAUAAUAUGCUUGUGGGUACUAUUCCCUUCCACAUAUCUAACACCGCCCAACAGCACAUGUGGAUCCUGCUUCCAAGUUACAUCUCGGAUGAGGCACAAGAUCUGCUCAGCCGACUGUUAGUGCCGGACUGGAAGGAGAGAGCCACCAUACAUCAUGUCCUCCGACAUCCUUGGCGGAAUUGGCCACACCAUUGCUAUUCCAGGGUUGUAAAGAGCCCUCUACGCAAAUGUACAUAUUCCCAAAUCUUGGCCACAAUGGCCACCAUGGGUUAUAACCCCCAGGAAAUUCAAGCCUCCUUAAGGGAGAGAAAAUUCGACCAUAUCAUGGCUACUUAUCUCAUUUUAUGCUAUCAUAUGCCUCAGGGGCUGGGUUCCAACAGUGAUGGCCAACCAGGAUGGUCAGACAAAAUGCCUUGCCUUGCCCUCUCAAAACCUCCCACCAUCAAUGUGGUGAAAAAGAAGAGGCCCAGUUUCUACAACCUUCAUUCGUUUGACCAAUCACCACUGAGGUGCCAGCAGCAGGAGGAAGACACUUCACAAGAGCAGGGUGUGAAGCAUGUCUCCUUGCCCGCAAUUCACUUCCAACGAAUGCGUCACAAGGUUGUUUGCCACAAUUCUCCCAAGCCUGAGUCCUCUGUUGAGGGCAAUGUCCGCCAAUCCCGCCUUGACGACCUGUGCAGCCUAUCCUUGGAGUCAUCUUCACGAAGUGACAACCAGUCUUCUUCAGAAGUUUUGGAUGCACAGAGUGAUGGGGAGAGGGCAUCCACCCCCCCUCCUGAGGUCAGACCCAGACGCUGGAAAGCCUUCAGGGCAAAUAUGAUGAGGGCACUGAGGGCACUGUGUUCCUGUCUUACUGGCUCGAAAAAGAACUCACGGAACAAAGUAGUUCCAGGCCAGGGAACAGACAGCAUCACCACCAGAAAUAUCAAUCGUCCUGCACCCAUUAAUGUGCAACUUGCCAAUGUGGAACUGUGCAAGCUCCAGGACAACUGGAGAGCUCACCUGAGCACCCCUUCCUGGGCCAGCAGCUGCUACAUGGGCAGAGGAAUAGCUGUGCAGGCUCCAGGACAACUGGAGAGCUCACCUGAGCACCCCUUCCUGGGCCAGCAGCUGCUACAUGGGCAGAGGAAUAGCCAGGUCAGCCAUGUGCGGCGUUCAUCCCUAGUCAUCCCACUGUGCAGGCUCCAGGACAACUGGAGAGCUCACCUGAGCACCCCUUCCUGGGCCAGCAGCUGCUACAUGGGCAGAGGAAUAGCUGUGCAGGCUCCAGGACAACUGGAGAGCUCACCUGAGCACCCCUUCCUGGGCCAGCAGCUGCUACAUGGGCAGAGGAAUAGCUGUGCAAGCUCUGGACAACGGGAGAGCUCACCUGAGCACCCCUUCCUAGGCCAGCAGCUGCUACACGGCCAGAUGAUUAAACCAGGCAGCGACUUUGCAUUGGAGGGCAGGACGUGUGCAAGACUGCCCUUUUGGGGCACCUACAAGUUGCCGUGGCCAGACACCUGGGGGCAGAUUGAGUACAUCCGGGACCUGUUUCUUGGAGCAUCUUGA